GAGACUCCUCCAGGCCCACUCGGAUCACGCUCACCUCACGCCGCAGACGGGAGCUGCUGGCCGUUGCCUAGCUCCACGAUGGUGUCCCGCAAGGCUGUGGCUGCCCUGCUGCUGGUGCACGCGACCGCCAUGCUGGCCUCCCAGACGGAAGCCUUCGUCCCCAUCUUCACCUACAGCGAACUCCAGAGGAUGCAGGAAAGGGAGCGGAACAGAGGGCACAAGAAGUCCCUGAGCGUGCAGCAGAGGUCUGAGCCAGCGGCCGCUCCAAGGCCUGCGGAGCCCACCCUGGAAGAGGAAAACGGGAGGACGCAGCUGACUGCUCCUGUGGAAAUUGGAAUGAGGAUGAACUCCAGGCAGCUGGAAAAGUACCGGGCCGCCCUGGAAGCUGCAGAGCGGGCUGUCCACCCAGACGCUCCGAGUCGGCCCUGCUGGCCUGCCGGGGGAGAAAGUGGAUGGAGCGGGGAGCCCUCUCCCACCUGAGCGAGGCCCCAGAAGUCCGCCGGCCCACCCACCAGCUGGGCUGGGAAAGAAAACCCCUUCUCCUCAGCUACCCCGUCCAGCAAAUAAAGCAUGAACUUUAACGG